GGGAGCUUUGCGCGCCCGGGAGGAAGGCGAAGUUUCUCCGGCACUGCGGGCGCGGGUGGCGGAGAAACAUCUCGCCGGGGUUCUCUUUGGGUGCUCAUGACAGGGGACGCCAGACAGCGGUACGGUAUCUGCCGGGCCACUGCUAGCUUGGGGACAGGUCACCAAGAGCUGGAGGGCGGGAGGAGAGAAGGGUCCUGGCAAGAUGUGCAGUGCCCCAGCCCGCUUCCAUUCCGCCAGAGUUCUCUCGGUGUCACGGAGUGACGAGAUUCCCUCCAUUUGCCUUGGGCAGUUUCUCAGGGGACCCCACGGAAAGUGUCGCUCAGGUAUCGGGGCCAGAGCCGCAGGACGCCUUUUUUUCCCCUUGUGCUGCCGUCCUCUCUGCCCCGGAACCAUUUGCGCAGCUCGUGCCGGAAGUGUGGCUGGCGGUGGUGCGACGCUGCCUACCGCUUCGACCCUCCUGGGCGGGGUCGGAGUCGCGCUGCAGCACCCUCUCCCGCAACCCCGGAAGGGUGUCUGUGGAGAGCCGCUGUCUCGGGGGCGGCGCAGGAAGUGCGCUCGAGGCAGAGGUUUCGAGGGGAACCUUUUGCGGCCAGGACACUUCCUGUUUCCUAGUAACAAUAGGAAGUGUCCGCGGAGCUGGGGUAGACCGUGGCGCCGGCCAGCUGCGCCCUCUCCCUCUUCUCCUUUCCUUCUGUCCCUCCCUCCCCGCCUCCCGGGAGCCCUGGCGAGGGGCGCGUGCGUGGGAGCGCGAGGGCCCCCCACAGCCAUCCCCCGGGGCGCGCGGCUGCAGUCAGGGGGAGGGUCCCAGUGCGCAGGCGCGCUCCCGUGCGCUGUCCCCAACGGACGCCCCCGCGGCGGGAACGACGGGGGCCGCGCGCGCGAGGUGGGGUCCCGGGGGGCGCCGGGCCGAGGACAGGAGAGAGGCGAGCGGCCCCGACGGGCGGCUGACCCGGAGACGGGGCUCGAGCGACGGGGCUUUGUGAGGCCGUUGCCCUGCCACUAGAGGAGGAUGCUGCUGCCGCCUGCCUGCUUUUCCUGAACCUCCAGGGUUUGCCACCGGCCUCAUGGAAGACACGCCCACCUCACUCAGCUGCUCUGACUGUCAGCGCCACUUUCCUAGUCUCCCGGAACUGUCCCGGCACCGAGAGCUGCUCCAUCCAUCCACGCAGGACACUGAGGAGGCAGACGGCAUCCCUCGGCCCUACCGCUGUCAGCAGUGUGGGCGGGGCUACCGUCACCCAGGGAGCUUAGUCAACCACCGUCGGACCCACGAGACUGGCCUCUACCCCUGUACCACCUGUGGCAAGGACUUCACCAAUCCCGUGGCCCUCAAGAGCCAUAUGAGGACUCAUGCUCCUGAGGGCCGCCGUAGGCACAGGCCUCCCCGAUCCAGGGAAGUCAUUCCACACCUGCAGGGGGAACCAGUCUCCUCUGACUCUAGGGACCAGAGGCCCAGCCCUGGGGAAAGCUGGAUGAGCCAGAAAAAACAGGCUGAAGAGACAUCUGGCUGUGAGUCUGGGCCUGACCCCAGGGCAGCUCUGAGCACUUGGGAAGAUCGACCCACCAGACAAAGAGAAGGCUGGCAAAGCCAGCCAGAUUCCGAGGGGGGUGCAGAGAGCUGGGGGCCCACUACUAACUCUGCCAGAGCCACCCCGCUCCCCACCCCAGCGAGCAGUCUCCUUAGUAAUUUGGAACAGUAUUUAGCGGAAUCAGUAGUGAACUUCACGGGGGGCCAGGAGCCCACUCAGUCACCUCCUGCGGAGGAGGAACGGCGGUACAAGUGUAGUCAAUGUGGCAAGACUUACAAGCAUGCUGGGAGCCUCACCAACCACCGCCAGAGCCACACCCUUGGCAUCUACCCUUGUGCCGUCUGCUUCAAGGAGUUCUCUAACCUCAUGGCUCUGAAGAACCACUCCCGACUCCAUGCCCAAUAUCAGCCUUACCAGUGUCCCCACUGUCCCCGUGCCUUCCGGCUUCCCCGAGAGCUGCUGGACCACCAACAGACCCAUGAGGGUGAAAGGCAGGAGCAGCUAUGGGAAGAGAAAGGGAUGCCCACCGCCAACGGGCACACAGAUGAGAGCAGCCAGGACCAGCUCCCGACUGCUCAGAUGCUGAACUGCUCCGGGGAGCUCAGCACCUCUGGGGAGCUGGAGGACGGUGGCCUAGAGGAGUACCGGCCUUUCCGCUGUGGGGACUGUGGCCGUACUUACCGCCAUGCUGGGAGCCUCAUCAACCAUCGCAAGAGCCACCAGACAGGAGUCUACCCCUGCUCCAUCUGUUCCAAACAGCUGUUCAACGCAGCUGCCCUCAAAAACCACGUGCGGGCUCAUCACAGGCCCCGGCAAGGAGCUGGGGAGGAUGGGCAGCCAUCAGUGCCAGCAGCUCCCCUGCCCACGGCUGAUACCAGCCACAAAGAGGAAGAGGUCCCCACCACCACUCUGGACCACCGGCCCUAUAAGUGUGAUGAGUGUGGUCGGGCUUACCGCCACCGGGGGAGCCUGGUGAACCACCGCCACAGUCAUCGGACAGGAGAGUACCAGUGCUCAGUCUGUCCCCGCAAGUACCCCAACCUUAUGGCCCUGCGUAAUCACGUGCGGGUACAUUGCAAAGCUGCUCGCCGCAGUGCAGGCCCAGGGGCCGAGGGGCCCCCCAGCCACCUCAAGGUAGAGCUCCCUCGUGACCAGGUGGAAGCAGCAGAGGCAGCCCCACAUACAGAUCAGGGGCAUGGGUGCAGACAUGAAGAGGAGGCAGCUGAUGUCCCACCAGCAACAAAUAGGACAGCACCCCAGAUCUGUAGCACGUGUGGGUUGCUCUUUAAAGACCCUGAGAGCCUCGAACGUCACAGCCAGACCCACGGGGAAGGGGAAGACAGCAGGACAGAGACCAGGGUGUCCCCUCCUCGGGCAUUUGCCUGCAAAGAUUGUGGAAAGAGCUAUCGCCACUCGGGCAGCCUUAUCAACCACAGGCAGACCCACCAGACGGGGGACUUCAGCUGUGGGGCCUGCGCCAAGCACUUCCACACCAUGGCCGCCAUGAAGAACCAUUUGCGACGCCACAGCGGGCGGUGGAGCAGGCAGCACCGGAGGCGGGCUAGCAGUGCUGGCAGCGGCGGAGAGGCCAGACUCCCGUUGGGCGGGACCUGGACCCAAGAGUUGGUGGAAAGUGAGGGCCCGGACUGCCUGCAAGACCCUUCUGGGGGGGCCCCUAAUGGAACCGAAGGCAGCUUGGGAAGUGAUGGGGGCUGUUUGCAGGCUGAAGCCGAAAGGACCGAAUGUGGGCUUGAGCAAGCGGAGGCCCAUGUCCAGGGUGCGAAGGAGAGCAGGCAGACCGAGGCGGGGCUGGAAAGGAAGGAGGCCUGUUUGCUGGACAACUUGGAGAUCGCGGGCGAUGAGGAACGCGGUGGGCCUCGCAUCUGUGAUGGUCUCACCAGGCUGGAUGGAGACCCCAUGGCAGCCACUGGCCAGGCCAGCUCCCCUCCCCAGUCUCCCGAAGCUGGCCCUGGCUGGCAGGCUGAGGUCUCGCACACGUGUUCUGACUGUGGGCAUUCUUUCCCUCAUGCCUCUGGCCUGCUGAGCCACCGGCCCUGUCACCCGCCGGGCAUCUAUCAGUGCUCCCUCUGCCCGAAGGAGUUUGACUCUCUGCCUGCCCUGCGCAGCCACUUCCAGAACCACGGGCCUGGGGAGGCAGACCCUGCACAGCCUUUCCUCUGCUGCCUCUGUGGCAUGAUCUUCCCGGGUCGGGCUGGCUACAGGCUUCACCGGCGCCAGGCUCAUGACUCCUCUGGCCUGACGGAGGGCUCAGAGGAGGAGGGAGAAGAGGAAGGAGCCACAGGGGCAGCCUCUACCCAGAGCCCUCCGCUGCAGCUCUCGGAAGCAGAGCUGUUGAAUCAGCUGCAGCGGGAGGUGGAGGCACUGGGCGGAGCCGGUUACGGGCACAUCUGUGGCUGCUGUGGUCACACCUAUGACGACCUAGGGAGCCUGGAGCGUCACCACCAAAGUCAGAGUUCUGGGAACGCCACAGAUGAAGCUCCCAGCCACUUAGGAGAGCCCAUUGAUGCCAUGGGAAGGGCUGCAGGUGGUGACCGCGUCUUUGAGGGCGCAGGGACCCCUCUGUCUGGGGAGGGCGAGGACACAAAGUCUGGAGAGGGAGCCGGUGCUGUGGCUGCGGACAGCCUUUGCAGGCCCGGCAGCGAGGACAGCGCGCCAGAGGCCCAGCCCCGCCCCUUCCGCUGCAACCAGUGCGGCAAGACCUAUCGCCACGGGGGCAGCCUGGUGAACCACCGCAAGAUCCACCAGACGGGUGACUUCACCUGUCCUGUCUGCUCCCGCCGCUACCCAAACCUGGCCGCCUACCGGAACCACCUGCGGAACCACCCGCGCUGCAAGGGCUCUGAGCCCCACGUGGGGCCCGUCCCGGAGGCGGGGGGCAGCGGCGAGGCUCAGGACGCCGCCGAAGAAGGGCUGGGUCCGGCAGAUGGGGGCAGGUUCCAGGAAGAGAAAGCGGAGCCCGUGGAGGAGGAGUGGCGGGAGGCCGCCGGGAGGCGGGAGGAGGAGGAGCCGAGGCUGGAGACGGCGGAGAAGAGCUGCCAGACCGAGGCCAGCCCCGAGCGGCCCUUCAGCUGCGAGGUGUGUGGCCGGUCGUACAAGCACGCCGGCAGCCUUAUCAACCACCGCCAGAGCCACCAGACCGGCCACUUUGGCUGCCAGGCCUGCUCCAAAGGCUUCUCGAACCUCAUGUCCCUGAAGAACCACCGGCGCAUCCACGCCGACCCCCGGCGUUUCGGCUGCGGCGAGUGCGGCAAGGCCUUCCGGCUGCGGAAGCAGCUGGCCAGCCACCAGCGGGUCCAUGCCGAGCGGGCCGGGGCCGGGGGCGCGCGGAAGCUGCGGCGGGAGGACCGGCCCUUCAGGUGCGGGCAGUGUGGGCGCAGCUACCGCCACGCGGGCAGCCUCCUGAACCACCGGCGCAGCCACGAGACGGGCCAGUACAGGUGCUCCACGUGCCCCAAGACCUACUCCAACAGCAUGGCCCUGAAGGACCACCAGCGGCUGCACUCCGAGAGCCGGCGGCGGCGAGCGGGCUUGUCCCGACGGGCAGCCGUGCGCUGUGCCCUGUGUGGCCGGGGCUUCCCUGGCCGGGGCUCUCUGGAGCAGCACCUGCGGGAGCACGAGGAGCCCCGAAGUCCGGCAGACACGGAGGGCCGUGAGGGGAACCUGGCCAGGGACCAGCGACCGGAGGCCAGAUCGGGUGGUCCUGAAUCCGUUCCCCGGCUGGAGGGUGGAGCCAGGAGGCUGGGGGAGCCGAGUCUGAGCCCCGUCCCUGCAGCGGAGCCGGGAUUCCGGGAUGUGGGCCAGGCCGAAGGGAGGCAAGGAGAGGGGGGACCAGCGAAUCAUGGUGGAGAUUGGGUUCCUCAGGGCCAUGUGCUGACCAAGCCAGCAAAUCAGUUGGAGGACACUGUCCCCAAGAGCCCUUGUUGUCACGGCAACACCCAGCCCAAUGGACCCAGUCUGAGUCCUGUGGACAGCUGGCGCAGUGGAGACAGCAGACUUCAGGUCCAGCCAGAGAGUCCCCCCUCUUCCUGCACCCGUCGUGGCGAGACGUACUGCCCGUCGUCGGAAGGCCCUUUGAACCGCCCCAGCACCCCUGAGACCGACUGCCACCAUUGCCUGCCCUGCCCUGAGGAGUUCGCGAAUCCUGUGGCCACUAAGAGCCACAGCCACAACCACGUAGCUGCCCAGACCUUUGCCUGCUCUGACUGUGACAAGGCCUUUCAGGCCCAUCAUGAACUAGCCAGUCACCUGCACACACAUGCCAGUGGCCUCAGUCAGGUGCUACCGCAGAUACAGGAGGCCACAGGUCCUGACGGUGGGACCAUGGAGGAUGAGGUAGAUGCCCCUGGCCAAGGGGGAACCCGGAAGUCCCCAUCAGAAGCCCCCAGGGCCCCAGGAGAGGAUGCUGGGAGUACUAAUGGGGGGCAAGGAGUAAAGUCCACUCUGGCCGAAGAGGAACGGCCCUUCCGCUGUGCCCAGUGUGGGCGGUCCUACCGCCAUGCUGGGAGCCUGCUGAACCACCAAAAGGCCCACACCACUGGACUCUACCCCUGCUCCCUCUGCCCCAAACUUCUACCCAACCUGCUGUCCCUUAAGAACCACGGCAGGACCCACACAGACCCCAAGCGCCACCGCUGCAGCAUCUGUGGCAAGGCCUUCCGGACAGCUGCCCGGCUGGAGGGUCACGGGCGGGUCCAUGCGCCUCGGGAGGGGCCCUUCCCCUGCCCUCAGUGCCCCCGCCACUUCCGCCGCCGAAUCAGCUUUCAGCAGCACCAGCAGCAGCACCAGGAAGAGUGGACGGUGACCAGCUCUGGAGCCCCAAAGGCACCAGCGGCGGGGAGAGGGGACAUGGCAUUGCCCCCUCCUCCCACCGGCACGACCUCACUUCUGGAUCCUUCACCCCAGUGGCCUGCAGACCUCAGCUUCUCCCUCUAAACUCCAAGUCUCCAAAGAUCAGAAUACGGGCGGGGGCGGGCGGGCUGCAGGGAAAGGCCGGAUCUCCGUGUUUUGCUCAGGAGUAGUGAGGCGUCCCGUCUCUCAUUUUCUUCUCCCGCUGUGCAGGGGACCUGGAUUGGGCUUCUUGCCCAAGGAGGGGGUACGGUUUUCCUCACGUCCCUGUCCUUGGAGACCCUCCUUUUCCCAGCCUUGGUCACUAUGCUCUUCCCUGUGACGAGCCCUGCAAGAAAUCCGGUGCCAGGCUCUGCCACAAAUGGGGGCCACCGUUACCAGCCAGAUUCCAACGCCAGGGAGAGGCAGAAUCAGAGAGCCACAGGCGGGAAUGUUGCCUGUGGAAGGGGAGCCUUUACUACAAUUUGUAACUUAUUUUCUAAAGUCUAUUUUGUAACAAUUUAUUUAAGUUUAGAAAAAAAAAAAAAAAAGGCAAAUUGCCCCCACCCCCAAAAAAAACCCUCGAAUUUUCAAAGUAA